GUGACCUUCCUGUGUGGAAUCCCGGGAAUACAGAGGACGGGGGACAUCUCUCUGGUGGGUUCCCAUGACUGGAUCCAUCUAGAUCCUUGUGUCCUUCUAAAUACUCCCACUCCUCCAUGGAGAAAUAGACAGUGACACCCUGACACCUUAUAGGAACCUGACACACACAAUGAUACAGUCACCAUCCAGACACAUCCCUUGUCUGUUACUGGAGAAUGUCCCAGAAUUCCCGGCACCGCUCACCUCUCCUGUCAGCAGCUCAGUGAUCUCUCUGGUGACUUCUAGAAUCUUCUUCUUC